AUAUACCUGGACAGGUGUGUGCCACUACUUCCGGUUGAACUUGAAUAAAAGAUUUUCUCGCGAUGGCGGAGGAAGAGAUCAAGAAAAUUAAUGUAAUCACAGAUUUGUCGAAUAAAGCUCUUCAGGAGUAUGAAGGCCUGCAGAGAAAGCACGAGAAGGCAGCCAUGGAGGUCAAACGGCUGCAGGAGGAGAGAGAUGACGCCAUUCACAAGCUGAAUGAGUUCCAGAGAGUCUCCCACAUGGUCAUUGAAGAAGUCAGCACUAUUCAAGAGAACCUCGAGAUUGAGAGGACAUGUAGACAAAGUGUUGAAGCCCUGGCCUCCAAGCUGAAUCGUCAGAAUCGCUCUCUGAAGAGGAAGAGCAUGCUGCUGCUCUCCCACCUCGGCCCAGAGACCAUUGCUGAGAUUAACCUUGAGGAUGAAGAUGAGGAGGAGGAGGAUCAACAUGCAGCCAGCAAGGUCUGCCUCUCGGCUCAGUGCCAGUCCACAAUCUCAGAGCUGCAAAAAAAGUUGGAAUUGGCACUGGAGGAGAAAAAGCAAGCAGCCACUGAGCUUAAUGCAAUAAGAGAGCAGCUGAGAGAAACCAGGGAAGAACUGCUGAAAGAGAAACAUGAUAACACUGCUUUAAUCGCUGAGACGAUGCAACAAAAGAAGCUCUUGGGGAAAUAUAACAGAGUGUCACAGUUUGCUGUGCAGGAGUACGAGGACUUACAGGAGAAUCUGAAUCUGGAAAGGGACCUGAGGGCAGAGGCAGAAAACUUUGCCAGAGAUAUGUUGGUAGAGCAGGAGAAGCUUAAGAGACAGAGUCAGAUCCUGAUUGAGAGCUCCUCACCCAGCCAGGCCCUGCAGGAGGCCCUCAGCCAGAUUACCAGCCUCACUGACAACAUGGAGACACAACGGCUGGAGCAUCAGCACCAGAUAAAGCAGAUGGAGGAGAGGCUGAGGAGCAGCAAGGCUGAGAAGGAGUUGAUGGCAUUGAGGUGCAAACUUGAACUUGUGGAAGAGGAGAAGAGGGAGUACAGCGAGAAGUGUUCCAAGAUUGAGGUGGAGGUCAAGGAUCUGCGGCAUACUGUUGAGGAACUCCAGAAGAAGCUCCAGGCAGCAACCAAUCCACCCCCUGCCCCAACGCCACCACCCCCGCCACCUCCUCCACCUCCUCCAGUCCCGGCACCCACCUCCAACCCUCUCAGCUCCCUCUUGUCUUUGAUCCGGAAGAGAAGAGACAUCGACACUGAGAUCCCACUAGUGGUCCAGGAUUCAGCCAAGAAACCAGAGGUGGAUAUUAAGCAGCAGGCAGUAGAUGAAAUGAUGCAGAGGAUCAAGAGAGGGGUUCAACUUCGACCCGUUAGCCAGACGCCUCAUAGAAGAAGACGGAUGGAGACGCCGUCCUCUAGUUCUGCCAUUCAGGAACUUAAAGGAAUCAUGGAGAAUUUCAAUCGGUCCCCCCCCAAGCAGAGGGAGCGGUCCCCGGCCGCAGACAGGGAUGGAGAGCUGCAGAGGAUCCUGCUGAAACGACGGGGUGCACUGGAAAGCCAACAGCACACCACCAGUCCUCACUCCAUCCCCUCCCCUGCAGUGUGACGGAUGCCACCGGGCCGAGGCUGGCCAAGACCAACACCCACCUAUACAGAUCGUGUGCCGGUGAUUUGUGAUCACAUGACAAUUCAAGAUUAAUUUAUUGCAUUUCAUUCUAUUGCACAUAUAGCACAACCCAUUCUAAUAAUUACAUGUAUUAA